GACAUCAGGUAGAUCCAGGGCAUGAUGUGCAGCCCAGAAUAAAAAUGGAGGAACUGCAUUCUGGUCACAUUGGGGGGCAGAAAAUGGAAGAAGGAGGAAAAGACUCUCAAUUUGGGUCGGUUGGCAGUCUCUUGCCCAGUCCUGAUGCUCCUGAAAUUAAAGGUGAGCCAGAUGAGGAGCUGCAUCAGGACGCCCAGUGGAAGAAGGUCCUGGAGAAAACUUGUUCUGGAGGAGGUAAAUCCCAGCUUCCUGGUUCUGAAAAUGGGGAUAAUAUUACAUUUUUCUCCACACCUCUGAAGUCCAUUGCUAAUGCCAGCCACAGGCCUAGACGUAGAAGAAAGUCAGCACCUGAAACUCUCCCAGGUCACUGUGGAAAACCCCCUAAGGCCUCUGAAAGCCAGGAUUCCUCCACAAAAGACAGAGACGUGGAUGUGGACACAGUCCACUUGGAAAGACUGCGCCAGCAAUUCAGGCAGUUCCACUACCAGGAGUCUGCGGGACCGCGAGAGACCUUUGGCCGUCUUCAAGGGCUUUGCCAUCAGUGGCUGAAGCCAGAGAGCCGCACGAAGGAGCAGAUCCUAGAGCUGGUGAUUCUAGAGCAGUUCCUGGCCAUCCUCCCACCAGCAAUGCAAAACUGGGUUAGAGAAGAUGACCCAGAGACCUGUGCCCAGGCGGUGGCCCUAGCAGAGGACUUCCUGCUCUGGAAGGAUGAGGCUGAAACACAGGAACAGAAGAUGUCAGAGCUUUUGGAGAAUGUGACGGAUUUCCCCAAAGCAGAGGAGAUUCCAUCGGAUCCUACAAUAGUGCCGUCCUGCAUAGAGACUGAGAGGAAGAGUGAAGAGAAGGCUGACCUGCUAGGUGAUGGGCAGACGGCCAAUCCUGAGAAUAAACGUUCUCAGCCAGAAGCGUCUAAACAGAUGGAAUUGGCUGGUGCUUCAUUGGACAAAGCCAACUGGGAUCAUUUUGAAUUUCUACCAAUGGAAAAAACGUCUAAAAGUCUACAGGUCACAGAAAGGGUUGAAGGAAGCCACCAAGGGCAGAGGGGGGUGGAAAACAGUAACUGGGAGAGGAAUUGUGAUCAAAUACUGAACCGAAGUGCCUUCCAAGAAAGAACAAAUGAGGAGAAGGAUAUUAGGAUGAGCUUUGACUGUACAAAAAGCUUCAGCCGAACUCAUGACCUUCUUAAGCCUCAGAAGACGCAAACUGAAAAAAAGGUACAUCAGUACACGGACGAUGGUGUGAACAUCUCCCAGCUGGAGAACACCCACAUGGAAGAGGAUUGUAGGACCAGCAUAGGACAGAAAAGACCCUUAGCUCAUCCUUGUAGAAUCCCUGUAGGAGAGAAACCAUAUAAAUGCUCUGAAUGUGGACACAGAUUCAGCCAGAGUUCAGCUGUUACUGGAGAUCAUCUUUACAUAUGUUCUCACUGUGGUAAAAGCUUUAUUUCUUGCUCAGCCCUUGGAAAACAAGAGACCAUACAGACAGAUAGGGAACCAUCCGACUGCUUGGGAAAUAAGAAAGGUUCCCUGCAACCCUCUGAUCCACAGGCAGGAGAGAAACCAUACACCUGUACAGACUGUGGGAAAAACUUCAGCUUCCGGUCAAGUCUUGUUCGUCAUCAGAGACUCCACACCGGAGAAAAACCAUAUAAAUGUUUGGACUGUGGGAAGAAUUUCAGCCAGAGUUCAAAUCUUCUUAAUCACCAGAGAAUCCACACAGGAGAGAAGCCCUACAGCUGCACGGACUGUGGGAAGUCCUUCAGUAACAGCUCAAGCCUUACGUCGCAUGAAAGAACCCACAGAGGAGAGAAACCUUAUAAAUGCACCAGCUGCGGGAAGAACUUCAGUUGUAACUCGGUUCUCAGAAUCCACGAACGCAUUCACACGGGCGAGAAGCCUUAUGCGUGCUUGGAGUGCGGGAAAAGCUUCAGCCGGCGAGAAUUCCUCAUUGGCCACCAGAGAACUCAUACAGGGGAGAAACCCUAUGAGUGUGUGGAAUGUGGCAAAAGUUUCAGUCAACGGUCAAACCUAAUUAAUCAUCAGAGAAGCCACACGGGAGAGAAACCCUUUGAAUGCGUAAACUGUGGGAAACGAUUUAGUCAUAAAGCAUCUCUGCUGAAACAUGAGAGAAAUCAUGGGCAUGGUCCUUCACUGGAAAAGGAUUCAGCUAGAGUUCAAGCUGAUUUGCGUGUGGCAGAAGCCACAUAGUGGAUAAACCACUGGAGGCUAAAUCCUAUGAAGAACUUCAAAAACUAGGUAUGUUUAACUUAACGAAGAGAAGA